GGCGUGCGCAGCGGUCAGGAGCACUAUUGUUUAGGCGUUUCUUGUGUUCUAGAGAAGGACAGCGAGAUGCCAAAUGGCUUGAUAAGGAGGUUUGCAGUCGUAGACCCAGAGCACUAACUCGGUGUGAUUGUCAGGCGAAACUGGAGAUUAAACUGGAUCGAUCCCGGGGAGUCUGGUAUGUGCAAAAUUUUGUAGACGAGCACAACCAUCGCUUAGCUACGCAAGAUGAAGUUCCCUUCCCGUGGUUUCACCGGAAAAUGAAGGAUUUCCAGAAAACAGAGAUCAUGGCAAUGGAAGGAGUUGGAAUCCGUAAGCAUGUCAUCAUGGAUGUUCUUCAAUGCAGAUAUGGUGGAUAUGGUAAAGUCGGCAUCAUUAGGAAGGAUGCAUACAACUUCUCUUCUAGGUACAAGAGAUCAAGGAUAGCUGAUGGUGAUGCAAUGGCAGUGUUAGGUCUGAUGCAGAGUAGGCAGAAGGAUGAUCCUGAUUUUUAUUAUGGUUACCAAAUGGAUAGUGAUGGACACCUGAAGACCAUGUUUUGGUGUGAUAGCCAAUCUCGUAUGGACUAUCAAUCAUUUGGUGAUGUCGUCAUCUUUGAUAGUACUUACCGGAUGAACAGGUGCUUCUCUAGCGUAUAAUGUCAAUCUCGUAGCGGAUCAAUUCCAACAAGCCUUUCAAACUAGUACUUUUUGUAAUCGACUCUAUAGCUUCUUCAAUAAACGUCCCCAAUCACCAUCUGGCUAAAAUCUUGAUUCCUACGUAUGGAUGCUUGGUGCGUUUAUGAAAGCAAUGUGUCAGCAGAAGCCACAAUCCAUAAUCACUGAUGGUGACUACUCCAUGUUGAAAGCUAUCCGGCAUGUGCUAUCAGGUGUCAAUCAUCGCAUUUGUUCAUGGCAUGUGGAGGAAAAUCUGCCGAAGCAUCUUAGCAAAAAAGCCGUGGAAGCCUUCAGACCACUUAUAUAUUAUGGUAGUUCACCUGCCACCUUUGAGCAAAGGUGGAAUGCCUUCCUUGCAGAGCACCAAAGUGCUAAGAAUAGCCAUUGGUUAAGAAUGAUGCACAACAAUAAGAAAUUAUGGUCUGCAUCAUUUCAGUUUGAGAAGCUUUUCCUUGGUAUGAAAACGAACCAGAGAAGUGAAAGUCUCAAUUCUAGUCUUCACAGGCACCUAGACAGACAGAUGUCACUUCUUGACUUGGUUGAGCACUUAUGAAAAUUGUGUUUCCCGUCUUAGAGAAACCGAGGCUGGGUUAGAUUGUGGAGCUUCACAGUCAGUGCCUGUUCUGUUAACAUGUCACAAGGAGAUUGAAGAGGCUUGUUCAAAAGUU